CAGAAAGAGAAAGGAAGAUCGGAGAUGGCAUCGAAUGCGGCGGUUCCGUUCUGGAGAGCGGCGGGGAUGACAUAUAUAUCGUAUUCAAACAUUUGUGCGAAUCUCGUGAGGAAUUGUCUCAAGGAGCCUUUCAAAGCUGAAGCCCUAAAUCGCGAGAAAGUUCAUUUCUCAAUCUCCAAAUGGGCUGGUGGAAAGCCAGAGAAACCAAUUUUGCGUUCGGACACACCUGGGGUUUGAGAUUUAACAUUUGAUAUCAAGUUUUGAGUUUGGCUUUUUUCACUCCAAUUGGUCGCUGAAAUGAAGAUCCGCCAAAAAUAUCUUCAUCAUCAUCUAAAUUUAAAGAAAAUGAGGACAAACCUGGAGAUGCUUGUGUAGUUGAUUCAAGAGUAGGAUUUUCCGAUUCUGAAGAUGUAUAACCGAAACCACAUGGAUUUCUCACAUUUCUUGCAGAGGUUUCACCAUCUUUAAACUUAACAAUGUUCCACACAUGAUGGAAUUUCCAAGAUUUAUAUUUUGGAU